CAAGAUUUUCAGUCUCAUUGAAGAUAACCAUUUCUUGGUAUUUUUUGAGAGUCCUCAGAUAAAUAAAAUCGUUAAUCCAGUCUGCUGUUGUUUGUACUUAAAUCGUGCUGGAUCCGGUGUAAUUUAGCGGUAGCUUCAUAUUUGUUCCUUUUAAUGUUUAAGUGCUGAUAGGUAGGAACACUUUUUCUGGUGCGUGGACUUUAAGUGCGAGCGCCGACAAUUCAUUAGUUGAAUGAUCUUGAGACGCCGCUGUGUUCAUAGCGGGGAUCCAACGACAGUGCGAUUUCCUUCAAAAUUAUCACCAAAACAACAAAUUUGAGGCCACCCCUCCAAAUCUCAUGACAUGAUUUUUGAUUUGUUUUUAAAUUAAUUUAAAAGUUUCGAAAAUUUGUGUUCAUUACAUUUAUUUAAAGUAGUUUUUACGUUCGUUUGUGAGAGAAAGGUAUACAAGAAACUGAAAAAUGUCUGGAAAACACAUAAUGUGGGUUUUGCUGGGAAUGCUAUUGGCUUUCGUGUCAGAAAUCGAUGCAUAUCCACUGUCAAAACCAAGAAGCACUGGGAUGCACUGGGAGCGUCAGAGAUUGACUACUAGGCAUCAAGCAAGACUUGGAGAAUACCCAUAUCAAAUUCUCAUCAGGCUCAGACCAAGCCUGGCUAGUUUGCCGGUAUGCAGUGGUGCGUUGGCUAGUCCUUAUCACGUCAUCACAGCUGCUAGUUGUGUUCAGGAGUACAUCAAUGCCCCCGACUAUUUGGAGAUAGUUGCAGGUGCACUGAAUAUUACUGAAACUGCAAAAUCCAAAAACUCAGUUGUCGUUCGAAAUGUUACGCAAGUGUACAUCAAUGCAGAUUACAACACAGAGACCUUUGAGAAUGAUAUCGCCGUGUUGGAGGUGUGGCCCCAAGUUAAAAUGUCCAGGGUGAUUGACACGGUGCAAUUGCCGAGGAAUCAAAUUUCAAUUGGACGCAAGGCAAAUAUCAGUAGUUGGCCGGAUACAGAGGAUCUUAAAGGAGAGUUACUGACUAUAUCUCACUGUGGAACACACGAUAAGGAAUCCUCUCCAUCUUUCAUUUGUGCUCAAGAUGGUUACGGACACUACGUCACAUCUGAGGUAGAUGUUGGUGGACCUCUCGUUUCAUGGAAUGAAAUUCAUGGAGUAGUUUGUGGAGAUGAAGAAAAAGGCGUAUUAACGAAAAUAUAUACUUUUAAGAACUGGCUGGAAAGUAUAAUCACACCUACAACAACUGAAUCGGAGGAAACAGAGGAAACCCAGGAGACGGAAGAGUCAGAGGAGACCGAGGAAUCCGAAGAGACCGAAGAAUCCGAGGAGACCGAGGAAUCUGAAGAGACAGAAGAGACUGAAGAAUCUGAGGAGACUGAAGAGACUGAAGAAUCUGAGGAGACUGAAGAGACUGAAGAAUCUGAGGAGACUGAAGAGACUGAAGAAUCUGAGGAGACUGAAGAAUCUGAGGAGACUGAAGAAUCUGAGGAAACUGAAGAGACUGAGGAGACUGAAGAAUCGGAGGAAACAGAAGAAUCCGAGGAAACAGAGGAAUCUGAGGAGACUGAAGAAACUGAGGAGUCCGAGGAAACCGAGGAGUCUGAAGAGACUGAAGAGUCCGAAGAGACGGAAGAGUCCGAGGAAACAGAAGAAUCCGAGGAAACAGAAGAAUCCGAGGAGACGGAAGAAUCUGAAGAGACGGAAGAAUCCGAGGAAACAGAAGAAUCCGAGGAGACAGAGGAGUCUGAGGAGACUGAAGAAACUGAGGAGUCCGAGGAGACAGAGGAAUCUGAGGAAACUGAAGAGACUGAGGAGUCUGAGGAGACCGAAGAGACAGAGGAGUCUGAGGAGACAGAAGAAUCCGAGGAAACAGAGGAAUCCGAGGAAACUGAAGAGACUGAGGAGUCUGAGGAGACCGAAGAGACAGAGGAGUCUGAGGAGACAGAAGAAUCCGAGGAAACAGAGGAAUCCGAGGAGACCGAAGAGUCAGAGGAAACAGAGGAAUCUGAAGAAACCGAAGAGUCCGAGGAGACAGAAGAAUCUGAGGAGACCGAGGAGUCCGAGGAAACAGAAGAAUCUGAGGAGACGGAAGAGUCCGAGGAAACAGAGGAAUCCGAGGAGACGGAAGAAUCUGAGGAAACGGAGGAGUCAGAAGAAUCUGAAGAGACGGAAGAAUCUGAGGAAACUGAAGAGUCGGAAGAGACAGAGGAGUCCGAGGAGACUGAGGAAUCUGAGGAAACAGAAGAGUCUGAAGAAACGGAGGAGUCCGAAGAGACAGAGGAAUCCGAGGAGACCGAAGAGUCCGAGGAAACAGAAGAAACGGAAGAAUCUGAGGAAACUGAGGAGUCUGAGGAGACAGAAGAGUCAGAGGAAACCGAGGAGUCCGAGGAAACAGAGGAAUCUGAAGAAACAGAGGAAUCCGAAGAAACAGAGGAAUCUGAAGAAACCGAAGAGUCCGAGGAAACUGAAGAGUCUGAGGAAACUGAAGAAUCUGAGGAGACGGAGGAAUCUGAAGAAACGGAUGAGUCCGAGGAAACUGAAGAGUCGGAAGAGACAGAGGAGUCCGAGGAGACUGAGGAAUCUGAGGAAACGGAAGAAUCUGAAGAAACGGAGGAGUCCGAAGAGACAGAGGAAUCCGAGGAGACCGAAGAGUCCGAGGAAACAGAAGAAACGGAAGAAUCUGAGGAGACUGAUGAAACCGAGGAGACUGAAGAAACUGACGAAUCUGACGAAACUGCAAAGAAGAAGAAAAUAUUAAUAUCAUGAGGCCGAUCUUUUUUUUCUGACUGAGCAAUAUAUGAAGUUAAUUUUUCUCGCCCGCGGAGCAUUACUGUGAAUCAUAUAGAGAAAAAUCGUAUUUUCCCAAUUUUCAAUCUAAUGUGGGAUUUUAUUUCGUCAGAAAUAUACGCUGAAAAUCUCCGUGGUGCAUUUUACCUACAGAAAGAUCUGAGUCCCUCUUUUAAUGAAUCUGUGUAGACCUUUUCUGCUUGCGUAGGUGUUUUCAUUGUAAAUGUCAUUGACUGUUACACUGCGAGGGGUCUAAAAUCGCACUUUUUAAAUAUUAUGAAAUGAAAACGCUAAACGUUAAAUUUGAUGCCCAUUUGCAAUUCUUCAAUAUUAAAAAAAAAAAUAUGAUAGGGAAGGAACAAAUGCACAUGCACCAGCAUCGGUUCUGAAACUAAGAAUGCUAGCUAAUACGCUCGUAAGAGCUCACAAGUGAACCCACAACUCGUUCAAUUUAAUUUUUUAUUAGUAUUUUUUCCAGUCUUAAAAAGUAAAUGAAAUCUCAUUGAAUUUUCCCGAAUGAAAAUAUUAAAUUUUAAUCGAAAGUAAAAUGACCUUGCGUGUACCCCGCACGCGUCGCAAAACGUCAUUUUUCACACGCAAAAAUUUAAAACUUCAGCUAUCGAACAUGAAAAAGUAUCUAAUUGAUAUCGUUCCCGUCAUUUUUUUUUUUUUUUUUUUCGUGACAAUUGGUCGGUGUGUUAAAUUUAUGAGCCUCCGUACUUGCUUGCCGUCUGUUUACUUGUAUCAGGAAGAAAAACAAAUUGCACUGAUCUCGAUCUGCAUUUUUAUGAGCUGAGUUUUUCCACAAAAAAAAAAAAAAAGAAAAGAAAAGUAAGUUUUUUAGGUACCACUAGAAAAACACGAGCCGAAAGUUUAUUUUGUCCUCUCAAAAAUAUUCUGAGAAGUUCACAGAGAAGUCUGCUUAAAAGUGUUUUUUUGGCGCUGCCCUAUCCUUCCACCUCCCUUACUUUUUUCAACACAAAAAAUAGAUUUUGAAUUACUCAUUGGAUUCCAAACGACAAUUUGAACAUGAAAAAUUAUCAUCAUGAUGGAACAAUUACAAUGGAAGAAGAGAAUCGAAGUAUUUUUUUCAUUUUUUACGUAGAUAUUCAUGGGAAAAAUGAAAAAUUCUCAGUUAGUCAAGAAAUUAGCCAACAAUUUAUAGGAACAGUCGCAGAGCAUAAGUAAAAAAUUGGACACUUAAAAUUGAAAUCUUCAAAGCAUCUUUAAAAGAAUAAUUGGAAGGUUUUGUAUUUCAUACACUUUAAACGCGGAAAACGGUGUUGGGAAGAAAUGACGCAAAUUUCGGCAUUGAAAAUCAAUGACCGAAGCGCGGAACCACCUAUCUCCAUUGCGGUGUUUCAAAAGUUCCGCCUUUUGUUUAUUUUUCCGAAGAGAUACAAGCUAACUUCAUUGCUUGAAAUUUAAUGUAUACAGAAUAUUCUGCUAGUAGGGAUGAUAAAUCAAAGCAGUUUUUAAGAAAUUACGUUGACAAGUUUCCUAAAGAAAAAACAAAAUAUGACUGGAAGUCUUCCACGUCGCAAACGGAGAUACGUGUUAUCGCACUUCAGCCGUCGAAAUGUCCUUUCACAUACAUUUUCCGUGUCCGUGAAAAAGGACCAUACCCCCCGCCCCCUUGAAAAUUUGUAUGAAUCUCAUUUUUUACAUCAGAAUAUCUAUCAAAUAAGUUCUUGUAGUACUGAUUGAUGAUUUUCCAUCGUAAAGGUGGUAAAAUGUGAGUGGAAAAUUUCAAACGGAGCAAUCUAGAUCUGUUUUCUUAGUUUCACAAUCGAUACGGUUGCUGGGAUACAUACAGAUAGUAAAAUGAUAUUGAAAAAAUGCCAAAGAAGGGAAAAUUCAAUACUAUUUGACGCACACGGGGAGGGAAAAACGGUGCGUUAAGAGUGAGUAAAUAAGAGUUAAGAAGCUAUGUUCCUUAAUGAUGCAAACUUCAAAAAUUGCGUAAGAUUUUUUUUUUUUUUUUUGGGGGGGGGGGCUUACGCUCUUUGCUCCGUUCAAAAACGACGCACAAUGACGCACCCAAAAAACUGAUAACAUUGGAUGUUCGUCAAAUUCCGGGAAAGGUGCAUUGCCUAGUUAGGAUCCAAAUUACUGUAAAUACUCCUUAUUUUCUAAGAUUUUGUAAAUAUUGUACAAAUGUAAUAAAAGAGAAAAAUAAUCACCAAAA